CACACACAUAAAUUAUUUUUCAUAACCUGAUAGAGAUCAGUUUUCAUUAUUUCACUUAAUCGAAACCAAUUGAGCUAGAAAAUAUGUCAUCAUCAGCUGCCCUUCCACCACCGGUGAAUGUUUCACCAUUGAUUCGUUUUGGUCGUUGGUCAUUAUUAACAGCUGGCAUCUUGUAUGGUGCUUAUCAUCAUAAUCGAUUGUCUAAGAAAGAAACCAUCAAUCGCAAGCUUGAAGCUGAAAGAAAAAUAAUCCGUGAUGCACAGCUUGCAAUCGAAAAAAAGAAGAAUUACGAAGAGGAAAUGAGAGCUUUGGAAGAAUUGUCACGUCCAUCGAAACAAAUUGCAGCUUAAACAGGUUACUUUCAAUCAGCCUGUUUUCAAUUCAAAUGUCCAAUUUGUACGAGGUUUAUUGCGACUAUACUUCAAAUAUCAUACAUCAUUAAGGAUGAUAUAAAAUAGAAAUCAAUUAUUGUCAAAAGGCAUAUUGAAAUAAAAGAAAUAAAACGUGAAGAAAAGAG